ACAGAAUUUCAAGGAAGAUAACUAUCCAUCUUUAGAAAUGCAGAAGGAAAGCGCCUCUAGGCCGUUUAGAUGCCUUCUUUACACAAUGUUUUGUGUUAUUCUCCUUGUCAGUCCCAUUACAGUAUUCAUUUUCGGCUUCAAUGUUUCGUAUCCACAUUCCAUCUUUGCCACCAACUCCAAUAUCUCUCUCCCCCAUGGUCAAAGGGCUUUACCUGAUUCGCUGCGGAGCGAAAUCUCUCAUUUGCAGAUCCAACUGGGUUUCUUACUGGAGCAGCUGCAUAAUGAAAGUUCAGAAUCAAAAGCGAUCACAAAGUUUUCAGAGCAGGUACUUCACAUUGCCAUCUCUUUGGACAAAAUUGCUGUCGGCUUAUCAGAGAGCAAUAACAAUUCUCCCUCUGCUAAUGAUGAGCGAAGCCGUGUGGAUGAAGAUUUAAGUGAUCCUGAAGAAGGUGAGGCCGAAGAACAGUUCAUGAGUGGGAAUGUUUUCAAAUCAGGUGAGAUCCGUAGUUACAUUUCACCAAAACCAAACAGGCUAGUUGGGAAGAAAAAUUUUCUAGGGGUGGAGGCACUUGCUCCAUCGAUUGGAUUGUCUUGUGCCAAAAUGGCCUCCAACUUGGACCGGUUUAUGAGUUACAAGGUUCACAGUACGUGUCCAGAUGAUUGGCAAGUAGCUCAGAAGCUUAUAGUUAACGGCUGUGAUCCAUUGCCAAGAAGAAGAUGCUUCACAAAGUCACCUCCACACUACACUAAGCCAGUUCCUGCAAACGUCUCUCUCUGGACUCAACCAAGUGAUGCCAACAUCUUGUGGAACAAUUACAAGUGCAAAGACUACUCUUGCCUUGUUUCCAAAGAAACUGCAGGCAGAAGAGGGUUCUUCAAGUGCUCAAGCUGUUUCAACAUUUCACAACGCGGGUGGGAUGUUCCAACGAAUGAGUCUGUAUCAGCAGAGUUCACCAUUGAUGAAGUCCUUGGCUUGAAGCCAAGGGAGAUAAGAAUCGGCCUAGACUUUAGCCCUACAACUGGUACUUUUGCUGCUGUGAUGAGGGAAAAGAAUGUCACAAUUGCAUCAAGUACCCUAAACUUAGGUGCUCCUUUCAAUGAGGUCAUAGCCUUGAGAGGCCUUCUUCCUCUUUACACAUCAAUUGGCUCAAGAUUGCCUUUCUUUGACAAUACCCUCGACAUUAUACAUUCCACUUUGUUCUUGGAUGGCUGGAUAGGAAUUGAACUUCUUCAAUUUGUUCUUUUUGAUUGGGAUCGCGUCCUUCGGCCGAAGGGUCUUCUUUGGAUAGACAGGUUCUUCUGUCAUAAAGAGGAUAUGAAGCUGUAUUUGGAGGAGUUUAACAGGUUAGGCUACAAGCCACUACUAUGGAGAGUAGUACCCAAGAAUGAUAAGCUUGGAGAUGAGCUCUUCUUCUCGGCUGUAUUGGAGAAGCCAAUUAGAGGUUAA